AUGAAGAACUCCUUGGCAGAUUGGUUGAUCUUUUUCCUGGAUAAGAUAUCCGUGGUGGCCAGCUUCAAACUCUUUAGCAUGUCAGAUGAAAGUGAGGGGGAGAACCAUUAUCUGGACAUUUCCUAUUUUAAGCGGGGAGAUUUGUUAGAAGUUCCCAGGACUCUGUUUGUGCAUUUUGGGAUUUAUUUGGGAAAUAACAAGGUUGCCCAUCUAAUGCCAGAUAUCCUUCCUACCAUGACAGAGGACAAGUGUCUGAUUGACAAAGUGGUGACUAACAAAAGGCUGAUCCUGGGUGUCCUGGCUAAGGUGGCCAGUAUCAGGGUGGACACUGUGCAGGACUUUGCCUAUGGUGGAACCAUAAUAGUUAAUCACAUGGACUGCAGCUUCAAGACAAAGCCCCUCUGUAAUGAGGAAGUGGCCCAAAGGGCUGAAAAGUUGCUGGGGGCCACGCCAUACAGCCUGCUGUGGGAUAACUGCGAGCACUUUGUGACCUAUUGCAGAUAUGGCUUUCCGGUGAGCUUUCAGACCGAUAAGUUCUGUGAGACUGUCAAGAGGAUUAUCAGAGACCAAAGAAGCGUGUUUCUUUCCGCUGCCUUGGGCCUUGUGCUAAUACUGUGUCUGGGAAUGGAGCCUUCCACCACCCUCCCCAGUCUCUUCAUUACGUUCGCUCUGUGGAUGGCAAGCUAA